AUGGAGUUCAGUCGCAGAAGCUUUCACAGAAGCCUGAGUUCCUCCUCGCAGGGCCCAGCACUCAACAUGAGUGGGUCCCUGUAUAGGAAGAGGAGCGUGCAGCGCCUGGUGGCUGCACCCAGCGUCUACGGAGGGGCUGGAGGCCACGGCACCCGCAUCUCCACCUCGCGAAACGUGGUGAGCAGCGAUCUCUCCAGCGGAGGGGACCUGUUGGCUGGCAAUGAGAAGAUCGCCAUGCAGAACCUAAAUGACCGGCUGGCGAGCUACCUAGAAAAAGUGCGGUCCUUGGAGCAAUCCAACCACCGACUUGAAGUCCAGAUCAAACAGUGGUACGAAACCAAUGCACCUAGCACCAUCCGGGACUACAGUCCCUAUUACGCACAAAUCACAGAGCUGCAAAAUCAGAUUAAGGAUGCUCGGAUACAAAAUGCCCGUUGCGUCCUGCAAAUUGAUAAUGCUAAAUUGGCUGCUGAGGACUUCAGAUUGAAGUUCGAGGCUGAGAGGGGGAUGCGAGUAACCGUGGAGGCUGAUCUCCAAGGCUUGAAUAAGGUCUUUGGUGAUCUGACCUUCCACAAGGCAGACCUGGAGAUACAGAUUGAAGAACUGAGCAAAGAACUGGCUGUCCUCAAAAAAGAACAUCAGGAGGAAGUUGAGGCCCUUCGCCGGCAGUUGGGCAACAACGUCAGCGUGGAGGUGGAUGCCGCUCCAGGCCUGAACCUCGGAGAGAUCAUGAAUGAGAUGAGACAGAAAUAUGAAGUCUUGGCCCAGAAGAACCUUCAAGAGGCCAAAGACCACUUUGAGAGCCAGACGGAUAUUCUGCAGCAGCAAGUCACACUGAACACCACAGAGUUGCAAGAAACAGAGGUUCAAGUCACAGAGCUGAGACGCACGUACCAAAAACUAGAGGCAGAGCUCCAGUCCGAGCUCGGCAAGAAAGAAUCUAUGGAGCUCGCCCUGGAGGACACCAAGGCUCGUUAUGCUAACCAGUUAGCCACCAUCCAGGGACUGCUGAGCUCUCUAGAGGCCCAGCUGAUGCAGAUCCGGAGUGACGCUGAGCACCAGAACCAGGAACACAAUGCUCUUCUUGACAUAAAGACCCGGCUUGAGCAGGAGAUCGCUACUUACCGCCGCCUUCUGGAAGGAGAGGACGUGAAAGCUGUGCAAUAUCAGCUAAACACUUUGGAAGAGAAAGAUAUAAAGAAAACCAGGAAGAUUAAGACAGUCGUGGAAGAAGUGGUGGAUGGCAAGGUCGUGUCCUCUCAAGUCAAGGAAAUAGAAGAGAAUAUCUAA